AUGUUCCUCACCACUCUGCCCACGAACCAGUUAGUGCGUAGAGCCUAUGGCCACUGUGUGAGGAACGGCCGCUACGGCCACUACAGCGACUGCCGUCUAUCAUACUGGAGCCGCAUUGGGCGUUGGAUACUCGCCGGUGUUAUGUUCUCACUCGCUAUUCUAACCAUACUUGUCACUGUUUGUUGUAUAGCUCGUCGGCGUAAAAGAAAUGUUGCCAAUGCAAGGCACCAACAGGGGCAACUAUACUACCAACCGCCGGCUGACGCACCUCCGAAGUACUCGGGACAUCAUGUCGCGCAGCCCCAAAGCGCAUACGUUCGAUAA